GCGAACCUGGAGAAGCUCGUCGACGCCACCGAAGACUCUGGCGAAUCUGCGGCGCUGAAGAAGUCCGUGGAGCUUUACAAAGAAAAGGCCGCAGACUUGGAGGAGAAGCUGGUAGAGGCUCGAGCCCUCGGCGAGGCGCUGCAGCUGCAGAAAGAUGAAUUAGAAGGCAAAGUGAAGGCAGCAGAAAAGAAGGCGGAAGUGGCAAGGCUGACUCUGGUGCGCAAAGAAGCCGAAUGUGACGCGAAGUCGUUUGAAGUCGAGGCCCUGCAGGAGGAACUCGAAAAGGCCCGCAAAAUCGCUGAAGAGGCUGCUGCUGCUGCUCCCCUUAAAACCGCCGAAGGAGACAAAGAGGCCCUCGAGGCCAAGAUAGCUGCUGUGAGCUAA